AUUCAAUCAAAAAACCUCUGCACUUUCUCUCUUCUUCUUCUUCAUCUCAAUAAUCACUUCAUCUCUCUGCAAUUUUCUGAGUCUUUCUCCUGUAGACGGACAUGGACGCUAUUUCACCUCUCAGAGCUGUUUGUGGAAGUGGUGGUGCUCAAUACUCCAGGACUAGAAUCGAUCAUGGGCUUUCUGGGUUUUGUUCAUUUUCUCAGGAAAACAAAUCAAAAUCGAAACUUUCCCCUGUUAUGAGCAUUGAUCUGAAGGAACAUCCCAUGGCUUCAAACCAAACACUUACCGCCUUGUCUUCUUCCUAUGUAGUUCCUACAAAGACAUCAUCAAUUGGUAUGAGUAGAGGAAUGAGAUGGUGGGAAAAGUCAACGAAAGUCAACAUGUUAGAGAUUCACUCUGCUAAUCAUCUUGUUGACUCUUUGCUUAACGCUGGUGAUAGAUUAGUUGUUCUUGAUUUCUACUCUCCUGGUUGUGGUGGCUGCAAAUCUCUCCACCCAAAGAUCUGUCAAUUGGCUGAAUCAAACCCAAACGUGAUGUUUCUCAAAGUGAAUCAAGAAGAGCUUAGAACAAUGUGUCAUGGCCUUAACGUUCAUGUGCUCCCUUUCUUCAAGUUCUAUAGAGGAGCAGAGGGUAAACUAUGUAGUUUCAGCUGCACCAUCGCCACCAUCAACAAGUUCAAGAAAGCGUUGGACAAACACGGCAGCGAGAGGUGCAGCCUCGGGCCAGCAAAAGGUUUAGACAGCAAGGAGCUUAUGGCUUUAGCGUCAGUAGGGGAACUUAAAAUGGAUCUGGACUCAUUAACAGUGCAUCAAGAUGUGUUGUCGUCAUCAAAAGCUAGCAACUUCUUCUAUAAACCAGAGGAACAACAUCAGAAGAUGGUGGUAUGAAGAGAUGGUGUUUUCCAUCAGGGUUCUUAUUGAUUUGUAGAUAUAUGAUUAUUGGUUAGUAUCAUUGUGUUUUGCUUAGCUUCUAGGGUUGGUUAUUAUAAUUUCUUUCACAAUACUAGCAGCCUAGUAGCAAUGCCUUAAAACUUCAAGACAUUGAAUCUAAUCUGUAUCUCAAGCUUUUGUUUCAAAUCAUUGGUCCUCAAAAUUUACAUUAUCA